AUGGCCUCAACUUACUACCAGUACCAGCCCACCGGCACCCUGCCCGUGAAUGUGCCAGGCAAGUCACCGCAGCAGCCGUAUGCCGGCCGCCAUCAGCGGAACUCGUCUGCAUUCAGCCAGCUCUCGGCAUCGCCGCCUGAGCGACCCGAGAGCGUUUCCUCAUCUGGUGGAGGUUUGUACUCUGCAGCGUCCAGCCAGUACGCUAGCAGCGAGUAUGACUCGAGCGGUGCGACCAGCGUGGAUUUGCUGGACUAUAUGAACGACCGACUCUCGCAAGCUUACAAUCCCGUUCCCCUGGACAAGAAUUUGGCAAGACAAGCGCAGAUGUCUGGAGAAUUGAACGCAAAGAACCGCGAGCUGCUCGCAUUGCAAGCGCAAGCCAGAGCACGACUGGCGAAAACUCGAGCAAACUUUGCCGACGGCAUGAAGGCCGCAAAGGACGUGCAGCGAGAUCUGGAGUGGACGCAGAAGAAAGUCAACACCUUGAACGCACGAGCAGCACAAAAAUACCCCGACCAAUACCGCGCUGCAAGUGAACGUUACCCGGCGCCCAUCGACUACUAA